UGAUGCACGCCAUGUGGAUUGGGUGAAGUCAUAUCUGAACAUCUGGUCUGAUCUUCAAGCUUAUAUCAAAGAGCAUCAUACCACAGGUCUCACCUGGAGUAAAACUGGUCCUGUUGCAUCACCCAUGUCUAUGCGAUCUGUUCUAACAAGCGGGCCAUGCCUCUCCCAACCACCGCUGCCACCACCGCCACCACCUGGACCUCCCCCCAUCUUUGAUACAGAAACUGUAAAAGAUGAAGGAACUGCCGCUCGCUCAGCCCUAUUUGCACAGCUUAACCAGGGAGAGGCAAUCACCAAAGGGCUUCGACAUGUCUCUGAUGACCAGAAGACUCACAAGAACCCCAGCCUACGUGCCCAAUGUCCAGCUGUUCGUUCUCCCACAAAAAGCCAUACUCCAAGUCCCACCUCUCCCAAGAAUUCCCCACAGCAGAGCCAUGCCCCUGUCUUGGAGCUAGAGGGAAAGAAGUGGAGAGUGGAAUAUCAAGAGGAUAAGAAUGACCUGGUCAUUAACAACACUGAACUCAAGCAAGUCGCCUACAUUUUUAAGUGUAACAAAUCUACACUUCAGAUAAAAGGAAAAGUCAAUUCAAUUACUAUUGACAACUGUAAAAAGUUUGGCCUUGUGUUUGACAACGUUGUGGGAAUCGUGGAAGUGAUCAAUUCCAGGGAUAUUCAGAUUCAGGUGAUGGGGAAAGUGCCAACCAUUUCUAUUAACAAAACAGAAGGCUGCCACAUCUACCUCAGUGAGGAAUCAUUAGAUUGUGAGAUUGUGAGUGCCAAGUCAUCUGAGAUGAACAUCCUCAUCCCCCAAGAUGGUGAUUAUAAAGAAUUUCCGGUUCCUGAACAGUUCAAGACAGCAUGGGAUGGAACUAAGUUGGUCACUGAACCUGCAGAGAUUGUGGGUUAACUCCCUAACGCCAUACAGCACUUGCUGACCGUGACCAGACCACAGCCAGCAUAAACAGAGCAGUAAUGUAAAGAACUAGAAGUAGCAGUAGUUCAUACUGCUGUGAUAGGCCUUCAAGUAUUAGCUCUGCAUGCUAGAAACAGUAACACAUCUGGCACGCUUUUGUUAGGCAUCCCAGUAUUUUUCACGUUUCCACACAGUUUGCCUUCACAUAAAAUUUUAAUUCUCAAUGAUGUCAUGUGAAUGUAAUGGAUUAAAACCCCCACCCUCCAGUCACAUCAUUGGUUUGAAAUACUGUAUACAUUAAGCCAAAAUACUGCAUGAUACACUUUGUUAUCAUCUUGCUUCAGUGCAUUCCUUUUUCUGUUUCUGCUAAUCAAACAGCAUUAAGACUUUAAGAUGUUUAUUUUUACCUAUUAAGCAAUUCCUGUAUGAUGCAGUAAAAGUGUACCCCUAGAAAGUAUGCAGUUCCUUGUAGUUCUGUGGCAAUCGUAAUGGGUUUUGUUUUAAACGAGCAAAAAA